AUGGGGAACGCGGUGUCUGCGCUCGUGUUUCAGCCGCCGCCCGCCACGUACGGCUACACGCGCCGCUACUUUUUCCUCGUGACGGCCAUGCACAACAGGAUCCCGGCGUUCUUCAUUCCAUACGACAAGGCCGAAUACACGGUGCUCUUCUCUCACGGAAAUGCUGAAGAUCUCGGAAUGAUCUACGAUUGGUUUCGUGAAGUUAGUCGAAGGCUUCAGGCCAAUGUAAUGUCGUACGACUACUCCGGGUAUGGAAUCAGCGAGGGCGAACCUAGCGAAGAAGCUUGCUUUGCCGACGCGGAAGCUGCGUUCGCGUACCUUGUCAACGUGAAGAACAUCCCACCAGGCAAAAUUAUCCUAUAUGGCAGGUCGCUUGGUUCAGGGCCAACUACGCAUCUUGCAGUGAAGCAGUCGAACCUGGAACAGCCCGUAGCCGGCGUUAUCCUUCAGAGCCCUGUGCUCUCCAUGUUCCGAGUAGUCUUCAACUUCCGGUAUACAUUCCCUGGCGACCUCUUCUGCAACAUCGACGUUAUCGACAAGGUCCGAUCACCAGUAACGAUUAUCCACGGCACUCGAGACGAGGUUGUGCCGUUUUGGCAUGGGGAAGGGUUGUUCGAGAUGUGCCCUCAGGAGUGGAGGUGCAAACCGUUGUGGGUCACCGAUGCUGGCCAUAACAACAUUGAAGCAUAUCUAAGCACGUUCGGCGAUGACUUUUUCCAGCACCUUAUCGAGUUCGUGCAGGUAUGUCACGCGACAGCAAUGAUUCGAGCUGCCGAGGCUGCAGAACAGAAAGCUAUGCUGAGCGGAAAAUCCGUAUGA